AUGAAUACAACCGCACACUUAGGAGAAAUUAAAAAUGAAGGGGAAUUUAUAUCUUUCAGUAAUAAAUGUGAAACAAUAUUAAACGAUUCAGAUUCUGGUGAUAGUUGGAAAAACCAAGAAAAUUUUGAAUAUUGUAAGGAAAUGAAUUUUACUGACAGAAAACUACAAAUUAGGUCAGGAUUUGGGUCAUAUAUUAGACUUCCCCAAACAUAUUCGUCCUUAAGAGGACCUCAAAGUGAAUCCAGUGGAAAUAUAUUUAGGUACCAGACUCAAAAGAUAUGUAUAUCUGUGCUUUCCUUGCAUUACAUUAAAGUAUGUGAAAAAUUAUGUGAUGCAAAGACUGCAUCAGCAGUAGAAGAAGAAGUAUUCCCGAGAUCGUGCUUUCCAAUUUGUGUCGAUUUUGCAAACCAUGUUUGUAUCCGGGGGUGCUCCUUAUUUGGGUGUGAUAUACCUUUUGAUGCAUGUAGUUACCAAAUGUGUAACUUCCAGUUUCACAACAAUAAUUGA